CGCCCACGCUUGAAGGAGUAGCAAGAAGACUUCUUACCUGUCAAUUGCAGUCACUGCUAAAUUCAUGUGUAAUAAUCCUGUCCUGACAGGAGGGAGUAUUUUAUAGCUGUUUAUAGUAUUUGUUUAAGUAUGGACAGCGAGGGGAGAAAAGUGGUGGUCUGUGACAAUGGGACAGGGUUUGUCAAGUGUGGCUUUGCUGGAUCCAACUUCCCCGACCACAUCUUCCCUGCCAUAGUGGGUCGACCACUCAUACGAUCAACCACCAAAGUGGGCAACAUUGAGAUUAAGGACCUGAUGGUGGGUGAUGAGGCCAGCGAAUGUCGCUCCAUGCUGGAGGUGUCCUACCCGAUGGAGAACGGCAUGGUGCGCUGCUGGGACGACAUGAUCCACCUGUGGGACUACACCUUCGGUCCCAACCGCCUGAAUGUCAACCCAUCAGAGUGCAAGAUCCUACUGACUGAGCCGCCCAUGAACCCAACCAAGAACCGGGAGAAGAUCACAGAGGUCAUGUUUGAGAAGUACCAGUUCCACGGCAUUUAUGUGGCAAUUCAGGCUGUGCUCACUCUGUAUGCUCAGGGUUUGCUGACCGGUGUGGUCAUCGACUCGGGGGAUGGUGUCACCCACAUCUGUCCGGUGUAUGAGGGCUUUUCUUUACCCCACCUCACACGCAGGCUGGACAUCGCAGGACGUGACAUCACACGUUACCUCAUUAAGCUCCUGCUUCUCCGUGGUUACGCUUUCAACCACACGGCCGACUUUGAGACAGUGCGUAUGUUGAAGGAGAAUCUCUGCUAUGUGGGUUACAACAUCGAGCAGGAGCAACGCCUGGCCACAGAGACCACCUACCUGGUCGAGUCGUUCAUGCUCCCUGACGGCCGGCAGGUGAAGGUGGGUGGAGAGAGGUUUGGGGCCCCUGAAGCUCUCUUCCAGCCUCAUCUCAUCAACGUAGAGGGAGCAGGAGUGGCUGAGCUGCUGUUUAACACCAUCCAGGCUGCAGACAUUGACCUGAGGGCAGACUUCUAUAAGCACAUUGUUCUGUCAGGAGGAUCCACCAUGUACCCCGGCCUCCCAUCCAGACUGGAAAGAGAGAUCAAGCAGCUCUACCUGGAGAGGGUGCUGAACGGAGACACGGAGAAACUAUCAAAGUUUAAGAUCCGCAUCGAGGACCCUCCCAGGCGUAAACACAUGGUGUUUAUGGGCGGAGCGGUGCUGGCCAACAUCAUGAAAGACAAGGACUCCUUCUGGCUGAGCAGGGCAGAGUACGAGGAAAAGGGCUUGGGAGUGCUAAAAAAACUGGGAGUUGGAGUCAGAUAAAUAUAAAACAUAUAAAGGAAAAUGGAACAAUUUUUCAAUUAGUCGACUGACAAAAAAUUGACAUUGAAUUUUGAUAAUCGUUUCUUUGGCAUUUAUCAAGUUAAAAUGCCAAACAAUCUCUUCUUCCAGCUUCUCAAAAGUGAAGAUUUGCUGCUUUUCUCUGUUUAUAUCAUUAUAAAGUAAACAUCUUUGGGUUUUGGACUGUUUUGGUCAAAACAAGCAAUUUGAUGGGCAGUUUUUCACUAUUAAUGACAUUUUAUAGACUAAACAAUUACUUGAUUCAUUGCAAAAAUAAUAAUAUGAUAUUACAAAUAAUUGUUAGUUGCAGCCUUAUUCCCUGCUGAGGUGAAGUUUUAUAACAGCAAAUAUGAGAAUGUCAAAAAAUGCCAAAAAAAAAACAUUUUCUCUACUACAUGUACAGCGUAGUCUAAGUCUCAGGCAUCUGUUCGUUUGUUACUUCCAAAACAUCUGACCAUAAGCUGGGCAGCACUCCAGCCUUAUGAACGAGCCGGCGGUUGGCACAAGAGGAUUUUUGAGGAAGUGGUUUAUUUUGCAUUAUUUUACCAUAAAUAUGUUUGAGACACACUGAACAGAUACAGUAUAUGGAAACCUGAAACUUAUAUUAACAUUUUUAGACACUGUGACUACUAAAUCAGCAAUUUUGGAAACAUGCAUUGUUUUUCUGUCAUUUAAACUGGUUCUCUAAUUUAUAACAUUUGGGGGAAAUUCUGUCCAUAAAUGUCAAGCCCAAAUCUAAACUCAUAUUGUGUCCAGAGUUCCUGGGACUUUGUAAAAGGCUACUGGAAACAAUGAGACAGUUAUGUUAAUAUAUGCUGGCAAACGCCGCUGAUUUCUGACUGAAGUAGUCAGAAGUUUUUUGCCUAGAUAUUUUGCCUAGAUAUUUUUUUCAUUUGGGCAAUAUCCAUCCUAAUAUUUUGUUACACACAUGAGGAUUUAUUUUACAGCAUCAUCCUUCUAAGAUGCUUUUAGAUACAUUUUAACAACUAUGCCAAUUAAGCCUUGUGUAAAAAGUGAGCAGUGCUGUAUUUGAUUUGUUAAUAGCUGAAAUAGAGACUAUAAAUAUCAAAUCUCAUUAGAAACCACAAACCUUGAAUAAAUAACACAUUUGAUGGUAGUUUAAAGGCAGGAGUAAACUGGUGUUAUUUGCUGCCCUCUGGUGGUUGAGUUUGUUUGUGACAUCAGCUCACAACAGCCACGAUCUCACUACAAUACAAAGCUGGAUGUAACAACAUUGUGAACAGAUAUUGCAAUUUUUAUUGCGAUACUGAGUUACCUGACAAAAUACAGUAAUGUGUUUUUACACUGAAAAGAAAUAGUGAGCUCUCACAAUGAACACAUGCUUCACGCACACACGCACCACAUUCGCAGAACCUUCACGUUAAAUGAAAAAGCAUGCAAUAAUGUCCAAAACACAUCAUAGUUCUCAAAAUGAACCUCCUCAGCUGAUUAAAAACUCCAGAUGUUGAAAAUCCAUACUUAGGUUUGAUAUCUACCCAUCAAAUUCAACAAUUAAAAGUUAGUUUUAAAUACACAAUAUGAUAAUUGAUAAUGACACUGAGUUGAACAGUCAGUUGAUAGUGAUGACUUGCAGCAGGAGCCACCAGAAGCUGGUGGCUUUUUACAUUUACAUUCUACCAGUCACCGUGAGGUCCUGGUUUAUUGGUCAGACUGUCCUCUCAGUCCGGGUUGUAACGCAGUGUUAUUUUACAGUACAGUAAACAGUAGAACUCAAAAGCAGUGGAUUGAAAAGUGAAAUGAAUGCAGUUGUGAAAGGAUUAAAGUCUGACACUGAAAAAGAUUUUAAUACAUUCGCAAGUCAUUCAGUAAAUCUGUUGCAGGUUAUCUCAGUGUGUCGAUGUGAUGCUUUUUUUUCUCACAUGGUUUUAAAAACAGAGAGCUGAUGCUUUUCUAUCACUUCCCUCCUACUCGCUUAUUACUCCACCUGCCAAAAACACUUAAUAGAAUACGCGAGCAAGGAGGAGAGUCUGCGCUUUUUCUCAAAAAGCAAAAAUAAAAUUGUCUCUGUGGGUGAUUCUAAAAAUAAACAGCUGAUUUAAAGCUUC